GAUAAAAAGUAGGGUUUGCUAACAUAAAUUCUACAGUACCGGACGAACGACCUUUCCGAUAGGUUAGAAUUCUGAAAAAAAUUUUAUCAAUUAAAUAUAAUAGUUCUAAAUCGUCAUGUACCGCCUUUCAACGAUCAUCUUUCUACUUUCCCUAUCUAUCGCAUGUAUAGAUUUCGCGUCAGCCAAUUGCGGACCUAACGCUUUUUAUUCCGAUUGUGGUAGCAUAUGUCCUAUCACAUGUGAGAACUAUAAUGAUCCACCUGAAAUCUGUGCUGAUGUAUGUAUAAGAAAAUGUGUAUGCAAACAAGGAUAUAUAUUAAACAAAAAAGGAAAAUGCGUUUUACCAAGUGAAUGUUAGAAUGUUGCAAAGAUUAUUAAGAACUUAAGCGAACGUUUAUUUAGUAAUCUUACAUUCCAUAUGGAAUUAAAGAUAUGGAAUAUCGUGUGCUUUAUCGCACAUGCAUAUACGCACAUAUGCACAGACGUACACAUGCACACACGUGCGCACAUAAAAAAUAAUAAAAUAUGAUUAUAUAGUAAUAUAUUUCUUCAAUUAUUAUUUCAUCGAAAAUUGUUUAUUAUUAAUUAAUUCGAUUGUAAAGUGCAAGUAAACAUGCCUUUUUUUGUUUUC